UGUCCCCUCCUGUCCCCGCCUCUGUCCCCGCCUGUCGCAGCCUCGCUCAAGUUCAAGGUUCAAACUCCACCGGGCCCUUCCUGGGGACACGCGGGGAAUGGAUGCGACACACGGAGGGGGACACGAGGGGACACCCGGGGACCGACAGGGACACUCGGGGACACUCGGGGACUCUCGGGGACCCGGUGUCCCCUCAGCGUGUGGGGACAAUCCCCCGUCACCGACUGCACCGGGGGACACCGGCUCAGGCGUGUCCCCAGGCGUGUCCCCAGGCGUGUCCCUGGAGAGCCCCCCGGGCACAGAGCGCGGGCCCCGGGACCCCGCUGGGGACACGGAGCCCGACGGGGACAAAGUGUGCGCCGUGUGUGGGGACAAGGCCAGCGGGUACCACUUCCACGUGAUGAGCUGCGAGGGCUGCAAGGGCUUCUUCAGGCGCUCCGUCAUCAAAGGUGUCACCUUCACGUGUCCCCUGUCGCGACGCUGCCCUGUCACCAAGGCCAAGCGGCGACAGUGCCAGGCCUGCCGCCUGCAGAAGUGCCUGGCCGUGGGCAUGAGGAGGGACAUGAUCAUGUCGGAGGAGGCGCUGCGGCGGCGGCGGGAGCUGCGGGGACAGCGGGGACAGCCCGGGGGACAGCCCGGGGGACAAUCCGGGGGACAGCCCGGGGGACAGCCCGGGGGACAGCCCGGGGGACAGCCCGGGGGACAGCAGGGACUGACGGCCGAGCAGCAGGAGCUGAUCGCGCUCCUCAUCGCCGCCCACCAGCGAACCUUCGACUCCAGCUUCUCCCAGUUCGUGCACUGCUGGCCCUCGUGUUCCCAGCCCAGCGUGCGCCUGUUGGUGCCCAGCGCUCCGGACCCAGCUGUCACCACGGGGCUGUCACCGGGUCCGGCUGUCACCGCAGGGCUGUCACCGUGCGAGGCACCAUGCCCGGCUGUCACCGUGGGACUGUCACCGUGCCCGGCUGUCACCGUGGGACUGUCACCGUGUGAGGCACCGGGUCCGGCUGUCACCGUGGGACUGUCACCGUGCCCGGCUGUCACCGUGGGGCUGUCACCGUGCCAGGCGCCGGACGUGGUGUCGAUGCUGCCACAGUUCGCCGACCUCAGCACCUUCAUGAUCCAGCAGGUGAUCAAAUUCGCCAAGGAGAUCCCGGUGUUCAGGAGUUUGUCCCUGGACACCCAGAUCUCGCUGUUGAAAGGGGCCACGCUGGGGAUCUGCCAGAUCCGCUUCAACACCGUCUUCAACACCGACACCAAGGCCUGGGAGUGCGGCCAGCGCUGCUACACCAUCCGCGACGGGGCCAUGGCCGGGUUCCAGCAGAUUUACCUGGAGCCGCUGCUCAAGUUCCACGAGAGCCUGCGGCGGCUGCGGCUGCACCAGGCAGAGUACGCGCUGCUGCAGGCACUGCUGCUCUUCUCACCUGACCACGGCGUCGCCCAGCGCGAGGUCAUCGACGCCUUCCAGGAGCAGCUGGCCCUGACCCUGCAGAGCUACAUCGAGCACCAGCACCCCCCCGAGGAGGGCAGGCUGCUGUACGCCAAGCUGCUGCUGCUGCUGACGGAGCUGCAGACGCUGAUGGUGGAGAACACCCGGCAGAUCCUGCACAUCCAGGAGCUGUCGGCCAUGACGCCGCUGCUCUCCGAGAUCAUCAGCUGAGCUCAGACACCUCCCUGAUGUCACCAAAUGUCACCCGAUGUCACCAAAUGUCACCCGAUGUCACCAAAUGUCACCCGAUGUCACAUCCAGGCCCCCCACCGGGCACAGAGUAAAGCUCCUUUAUUUA